AUGGCCCCGGCGUCUCCGACUCCUAGGAGGCCUGUAACUGGACGUCGUAGAGGGCGCCCUCCCGGUUCAACUAACGCAGCUCGCGCCGCGAGGGCCGCUGCUCUUGCGGCAGCUUCUGCCACCGAGCCUCCACCAAAACGACGCCGAUAUGCUCCCGCAGGCUCCAGAUUCAUUGCAGGAGGAGCAGGUGGAGGUGGCCGAUAUGUUACUUCUGACAUAUUGGCUACACCAAAUACCGCUGGCCCUUCGACAUCGUCCCGAUCACGAGCCGCUGCGCGCGAAGCUAUCAAUGGCCCUUCACCAUCUCUCAUGCCCCGGCGCGAACGAGGGGCUCGCACACGAGCUGCUGGGAACGAAGAUUUGGAAGAAAUGCAAUGGGGCUCCGCUGCGGCUAUGGCAACAGCCGUAAAGCAAGCUGAAGACUACAAGCCCCGCGAGGAGCGCAGCUGGGAAGACUUCCAUCCUAAUUUAGAUAUUGAGGCCACUUUCCUGGUCCUUCGGUCCGAGCAAGUCGAUGGAAUCCCUCAAGAGCAGCCAGACAUGUCGACCGUCCCGAUGCUCACAACACCUUUGGACGACACUAGGACCCCUUCAAGACAACCGAACCCCGCAUCAACUGGGAACACCCCAAAUCCUCAAGGUCGUUCAGACUCGAAUGCUGCCGAUGCUCCCAAUGAAACCCCCUUACGUCGUCCUCGUCGACCGACUCGAGAUGUUGUUAGCUUCUACAGUAGUCGGCCUUUGGAUCUCAUGACAACACCAAAAACACCAAAGAUCCUUCCUAUUCAAAACCAAACACCAAAGGAGAAACUAGACCUCAAGCUACCUUCAUACCGCAAGACGAAUCGCAUAGAGCUGUUUGAAAGCAAAACGUUUGGUCAGGCUCGUUAUGUUGACAAGGCGAUGAGUAAUGUCGGAUAUCAAGAGAGCGACCAUUACAUGCGCCCAGACCAAUCCUUAAUCAAAUCCUCCGAUCUCUACGCUGAGGAUGACGCGGACCUGACUGAUGCUACUGCAUCUGAAGAGCCGGUUUCACAUCGACGAAUUGGCCGUGUAGAGUAUGAUAUGGAUGAGCAAGACGACAUGUGGCUCGAGCGACUGAACGUUCGUCGCAAGGAAGACGAACUCGAAGAAAUUACGCGAGAAAUUUUCGAGAUCACCAUGACGAAAAUCGAAAAAGAGUGGCAUGCGCUGGAGAAGCGAAUACCGAAACCAAAUCCCAAACCUCCCCAAACUCAUCGUCCUCGAUCAAGUUCGGCUGCGGCAGUCAACGGUGAACCCCAGGGAGGUGAAGAGCCCGACUCUAGAUGUGCCAUUUGUGAUGACGGUGACUGUGAAAACACCAACGCAAUCGUGUUCUGUGAUGGCUGCAACCUCGCAGUCCACCAAGAAUGCUACGGAGUACCUUUUAUACCAGAAGGCCAAUGGCUAUGCCGCAAAUGCAUGCUGUGUGGUCGGGGAGUUCCAACUUGUAUCUUCUGUCCCAACACUGACGGAGCGUUCAAGCAAACAAACUCCUCCAAAUGGUCUCACCUCCUUUGCGCGAUGUGGAUUCCUGAGGUAUCUCUAGGGAAUCAUACAUUCAUGGAACCCGUUAUGGAUGUAGAAAAGGUGCCCAAAAGUCGGUGGAAGCUGACAUGUUACAUAUGCCGACAACGAAUGGGCGCCUGCAUCCAAUGUGGAAAUAAGAACUGCUAUCAAGCGUUCCAUGUUACCUGCGCUCGGAGAUCCCGGCUGUUUCUUAAAAUGAAGACGAGCCAGGGUGCUCUCGCCGUAUUAGAUGGUGGCAUGGUUCUCAAGGCGUUUUGCGACAAACAUUGCCCGCCUGACUAUGCACAAGAGCACAACAUUCACCAGGCCACAAAAGCCGCCAAGAAGUUCUACAAGAGAACCAUGAGAAAUCGCAUCUGGGCCGACAACACCGUCGCUGCAAAUAACAUUGCAGCGCGGCACCGCGAUGCGCUUGCUGAGCAUCCAUCAGAGGAGACGCAGCUUACGGGUAACAAGAGCUCAAUUUCUGGCGAUAAGAAGAAAGGGCAGCCCCCAAAGAACUUGUGGAAGAUGCCCUCAGGUGCGCCCGUUAUACCUCAGGUGGUAUUUGAGAUUGUGGAGGCUUCAAUCCAAAGAUUUCCUUUCCGUAAGCGUAAGGAUUUCCUGAGCGAGGCAUGUCGCUACUGGACCCUCAAAAGGCAGAAGCGCCGUGGCGCUGCACUCCUGAAGCGUCUCCAGCUCCAGAUGGAAUCGUUUUCCUCAAUGGAGCUAACACGACGAGACUUCGCUGCGAUGGGCCCAAGCGGAAAGGCGAGGUUGACAAGACGUAUCGAAUUCGCUGAAGACUUGGUGAAAGAACUAGAGCAGCUCAGGAACCUUGCGAGUCAAGUUGUUGAGCGGGAACAGAUCAAGGUGGAUGCUGGUGAGCUCGAACAGGAAUUUGUGGAUGAGUGCUAUUUUCCUGUCGCAAAACUACUCGACCCUGCCAUCGACAGGGCGAUAUCUUUGGACAAAGACCUCUUCAGCGACGGUUUAGACAAGCUGCAAACUCGCAUAAACACCCGAUUUUAUGUGACAGUAAUGUCGUUUGCUGUAGAUCUGUGCAAGGUCAUCAGUGACGGCGUGGCUACGACGCCUGAACUUAAGUUAUCUACGGACGCAACUCAACAUGAAUCAAAUGAUGCGUCGCCUGCCAAGCAUACAUUCUCUGAUAUUCGAGAACGACGGAAGCUAGGCAAGCGGAUAUUGAAAGCGGUACAGCCGUUCCUCGAGGCAGCUUUGCGAGUUGAAUCCGAGAUCUCUCAGAAGCCAUUUGAGGGCUUACAGAAGGAGCUGGAGGACACUAUCGACAAGAGUGUAGAAUAUCGUCGUCCACUGACUGCUACAAGCCAGGACAAGUCGACUGAUCCUUCUGAUGAAGCGAAUGAUACUAUCAUGGUGGAUGCUGAACUCCAAAUCACUGUCAAGGCUGAUUCAACCGAGGGCGGAGAUGCCAUGGAUACCACGUCAGAUGAUGGAAAUAUCGACGUGAGCACUAAUAUCGAUGUAGACACUUCGGAAAUCGCAAAGGCUGAAGCAGGAGAGAAGCAAGAGUCUCUUCCUAACACUGUGCAGUCAUCUGAUACGCCUCCUGGCACAGAUGGCUAUGUGUCGAAACCUCAGAUUGCACAGUCAGGACCACCUACACCACCUCAGUCCAACGGCAGCCUUGGGUUAGAUCCUUCCGACCCGCUUACGGAUGGAGGGAUACUUUGGUAUCUGAAAGGCCUCGACCCCAAGGGAACUUCGGUUCUUGAAGAACAGUGGGCUGGCAGGGACGCUGUCCGAACGCUCAGCGAAGAUCUGACGGAUCUUGAUGACGAGGCACUGAAAGGACUGGGUAUGGAUGUUGAUAAUGCAGUUGCAUCCGCUGCCGUAGAAGCGGAUGAGAAGGAAGAAGUUAAGACAGUAGCGGAACCUGUGGGAGGCAAGACCAGGGCAAGCAAGGCGAAGAAGCGGAGGGCAUCAACCCGGAGAAGAUGA